CUGAAGGCAGCAAACUUUUUGAUGCGUUUUUGUUGCAGCGCACGCAGCUCGUGAUGAAUGAUAAGUUCAUGGUGAGCCGGCUCGAGACACACGAGAAGAGGACCGGAACGAAACCUGGCUUCAGCGUGCUGUCCUGCCUCAGCCUUGUGCUGGCUGCUGCUUCUGCCCAGGCACCAAAACCCUGCGUUGCUCCAGCGCUGAUGAGUGGAGGUUUUACUAUUAUGGAUGCCAAUGGAUUAUACAUGUCCACAGGAACCAUAAGCUAUGACACUAUCGGUCAGAGGAUGCGGGUCAGGACCCAAGGGCUUACUGGCAAUCAGACAACUUCUUUGGACCAGCUGAUGAUUUUCAAUCAGGGAGUCUACUAUGAGAUCAACUGGAGCAGAUUGUCCUGCAAGAAAAAAGCACUGGAUGGCAGCUUCAAGCCCAUGCAGGUUCCCUCUGAUGCUAAACUUAUGGGUCAGAUUUUCUUGGGCUCCUCCUCCUCCUGGGGAAUGGGCGUGCUGGUCAACAACUGGUAUGGAGAACUGCCACAGAAUGGCCAAUAUUCAAUGGUCUUCACUGAGAUUGGCUGCAUCCCCUGCACCAUGUCCGCCUACACUCCAGCCUCUGGAUGGGUCACAAUCAGCACGUUUAACUGGAUUAUUGGCAACACAAACCCCAUGGACUACAACCCUCCUUUCUUCUGUGCCAAGGCUAAACUGGAGGAGACAGAGACACCACACACCUUCUUCACUGCCAUGCAGUCUCUGGCCAUGAAGACCAAGCAAGAGUGAAACAUCUGGAGCAUCUCACCAAGACCAUCACCUAAUACUGUUCCCAUCAGGGCAGCAAGCUAAAUUAAACCCAAAUGAUUCAGUAAUCAUCAUUGUAUGUAACGUUAUUUAGAUUGACAUGAUUUACACCAGACAACAUGACAAGUCACAGCGAUAUAUGUGUGAAAGUCGUGUUAAUACACUCUGUCAUGUCACAUUGUUGGUAAAACCCAAUCACCUCGUUUCUUGGUAGUGCAGGUUAAAGAAAAUUGUAAAAUGAUAAGAUAGUGACAGCAAAUCAUUCGAGUGGAUGUUAGAGGCACACAGAACUAAGCAAAGGAGACCUUUUAAUAACAACUUAAAGCAAUUGCAUCCCACCUGUGUUUUCCAUCUCUGUCAUGUUCUUCAAUAAAAUAAAUUUAAAUCAUUGCAUAAUACUGUAUUUAUUUGGAAUUAGUUGCUUUAACAGAUGAAUGAAUGAGACAGCAGAAAUAACAGCAGGAACAGUACAAAGUAAAUAAAUGUUCCAUAUCAAAUGGGUUUUUAUACUUAAAUGAUGCAUACUAUUAAUCAGCGAUGUUCAUCACAUCAAAAUACAAUCAUACAAGUACUGUGGCAAACAAUGUUUGAGUACAUGUGUUUUAGAUGUUGUCAGAUACUGGACAUUGUAUUUUACGUCAUAAGAGUUGCUUCUGUUAAGUUUAAAUGGCUGUGUGCCUGUUUAUGUAAAUCUCCCUGUAGUAAACUGCAGUACUUACUGCCCUACAGCAGAUGGAGGCAGCAUUGCUCUUAUCUCUGUGCUUCCUGCUUUGA